CCGGGGGCGGCGGGACACCCCCCCUCAUCUUCCCCAGCUCCCGGUGCCCGCGGGGAUGAGGCUGAGCGGGACGCGGAGUCGCCGGCCUCCGACACCGAGCCCGGUGCUUCGGGAGACUCUGAAAUGGAGCUGCUGCAGAGCCUCCUGUCCCGGACGCUGGGGCUGGGCAAGGAGAAGCCGGAGAAGGUGCUGGACGAGCUGACGCUGGAGGGAGUGAGCCAGUUCCUGUGCAGCGAGAGAUGUACGGGGGUUGGGGUGCCCCCCCCCAGCCCCCCAUCUUCUUCUCCCUAGACAAGAAUGUCGUGUGUAUUGUGGGCGCUGGGAUCUCCACCUCUGCCAGGAUCCCUGAUUUCCACUCGCCUGGCACUGGGCUCUACACCAACCUGCAGAGCUACCACCUGCCCUACCCUGAGGCCAUCUUUGAGAUCAGCUUCUUCAAGCAACACCCCGAGCCCUUCAUUGCCCUGGCGCGGGAGCUCUACCCAGGGCAGUUCAAGCCCAUGGUGUGUCACUACUUCAUGCGGCUGCUGCAGGAGAAGGGGCUGCUGCUGCGCUGCUAUACCCAGAACAUCGACACACUGGAGCGGGUGGCGGGGCUGGAGCCCAAACUGCUGGUGGAGGCUCACAGCACCUUCUUCACCUCCCACUGCCUGCGGCCCUCCUGCCGGCAGCCCUACGGCCUCCAGUGGAUGAAGGAAAGGAUUUUCUCGUCCCUUGUCCCCAAAUGCAAGAAGUGCCAGAGCAUGGUGAAACCCGACAUCUUUUUUUUUUUCAGGGAGAGCCUCCCCUCGCGCUUCUUCACCCUCCUGCAGACUUCCAGAAGGUUGACCUGCUCCUUAUCAUGGGCACCUCGCUGCAGGGUCCCCACCGACACCCCCCGGCUCCUCAUCAACAAGGAGAAAACAGGGCAGAGUGACCCCUUCAUGUCCCUCAUGGGCUUCGGCUGCAGCAUGGACUUUGAUUCGGACAAGGCUUACAGGGACGUGGCCUGGCUGGGGGAGUGGGACGCCGGCUGCCUGGCACUGGCCGAGCUGCUGGGCUGGAAGAAGGAGCUGGAGGAGCUGGUGAGGAGGGAACAUGCUGCCAUUGACACCAAGACUGCCCGGGGGGGGCGAGGGCGAGACCCCAGGGGACACCAGCGAGCGCUGGGGGGGCAGCGGGGACCCCAUGCCGUGGGGGGGGGGGGGGGGGGGGGCAAUGACAUUAAAUGGCCGUAG